ACGUAAAUAUGAAUGUAAAAAAAUAUUUUGUUGUUGUUUGUGGUCCAAGAUUUUUGAAUUUCGAAAUCUUACUUAAAGGCGGGAAAUAAUUUCUGAGGCACCAAAACCAGCUAGCGUUUUCGUCUCUGCUUGCUGCUAAGCAUCGGGAAAAUUGUUAAAUUUAUUAACAGUUCAAUAAUUUGUAAUAAACUUCUUUUUAAUAAUUGAAAAUGACUACCAAAAAGAGUGUCAAGUCCAAAUUCGUCGCUGAUGAUAUAAGCGACUUCUUAAACGAAUCACAUUUUAUGAAAGAAUCCCCAACGGCUAAAAAACCCAUAAAACGUAAUAAAACCGUAUGUGCUGAAAAUUCAGCGGAAAAAAUUUAUUCAAAAAAGAGAUCACUCCAAGAAACUGAAACAAAUGGUGAAGCAAGGCAAAAGUUAUUAAAUACCAUGAAUCGCCAAAUGGAGUCAAGAAAUGAACUAUGUGAAAACUUGCACAAAAACCUAUCUGAAGUAAUAGCUCAACAUGAAGCUGAUUAUAAUGCAAUGAAAGAGAAUGAACAAAAGUUUGAGCAUAUCACCAAUUCCUUUAUGAAAUGUAUGCAACAAGCAACUGCUGCUCAUAAACAAAAACUUAAAGCAUUUAAAGAGAUACAUGCUGCUUUCAAAAAACAAUAUGAAGAUUUAGAUGGAGUACAUAAAAUGGAAAUAUCCAAAUUAGGGGACGAAAUACAUGAAGAUAUUGAAAAUUUAAAACAAAAACUGAUUACUGAGACAAGGAGGAAUGGAUGGGAGUCAAUGCGCAGAUCAUUAUUCCAAGCAAUGCAAAAUGAUAAUAUGAUUUAAAUAUUUCUUUAAUACACUAAUUCCUCAUUUUUAUUUGCUUAUAUUUAAUAAUAUAUGUUUGUAAAAUGUCUUAAAUAAAUAGUUUCUCUUAUAAA